CACUUCCGGUUCCGGCGUCCGUUCCCCCGGGUCGCGAUGCGCCGCGCAGCGUUGCUGGGGGCUGCGGCCGCCGCGUUCCCACGGGGACCGGGAACGGGGCGGGGAUACGGACACGCACCGGGCCCCGGACCGGGACAGGGCCCGACGUACCGGCAGGGACAGAGUCCCGCGCCGCGGCGCCGCGAGAGACGAGCGCUUCCUCGCCUUCUUCUUCCGCCAGCUUCAGCCCAACCGCAGCGGCCGCUACGAGGAUGCCUUCCCUUUCCUCUCGCCCUGCGGCCCCGAACACAACUUCGUGCGCUGCCAGGACGUCCCCAUCGUCUUCACCCGGGUCCUGGCAGGUGACAAAGGCAACGCAGCGCUGCUGUCCUACUGCGGCGGCGGGGAACGCUUGGUCGUCCCUUUCCAACCCCAAUUUUUGACAUUUUGCCCUGAAAACGGGCGGCUCUACCACCCGGCGCCGGAGGGGGCGGGGGGGGUGGGCUUGGUGCGCUCAGCACUGGUGGAGGAAUGGGGCGAGGGGUUCGAGUACGGGGCGGGGGGAGCGGUCCCCACCCAUUUCGUGUGGGGCGGGCAGCGCUACGAGCUGGGGCACCCGCUGCUGGGGCGGCUGCAGGGACGGGGGGUGGGCAGCGGGGGGGCACAAUCUGCAGGGAGGGGGUGAGCGCGUCCCCAUUGUCCUCAAACCCGUGGGGCAGGGAUGGGAGGGGCACCAGAGUCUGGUGGGGGGGACAAGAGGGACCCCCAGGUGUCCCCAUUGUCCCCAACCCCAUGGGACAGGGGUGGGAGGGACCUCCGGCGUCCCCUUCAUCCCUGAGUCCAUGGGGCGGGGACAAGAGGGAACCAUGGGGGACCUCAUUGUCCUCAACCCAUGGGACAAGGAUGGGAGGGACCCAAGUCCAUCGGGGGGGGACAAGAGGGACCCCCAGGUGUCCCCUUCAUCCCCAUGGGAUGGGCGUGGGAGGGACCCCCAGGUGUCCCCAUUGUCCCCAAACCCAUGGGACAGGGAAGGGAGGGACCCCUGAGUCUGUGGGGUGGGGACAAGGGGGAACCCCACGUGUCCCCUUCAUCCCCAUGGGAUGGGGGUGGGAGGGACCCCUGGGUGUCCCCAUAGUCCCCACCUGUGAAGGACUAAAGUCAUCGGAACCUGCACUGCAGCUGCACUGUGUUGUCACCCAUGCACGGGGGGUGGCGGGGUGACACACGGUGACACCGGCACAGACCCCAUGGGACGCGUCACUCCCUGUCCCCGCAUGGCAUCCCCUGGGUUGGUGGCACCGCUGUGGACACAAGGGACACCCACAGCGUGGGGGGUAGUGACACAGGGACACAGCAACACCCUGGUGACACAGUGUCCCAGGGGUGUCCCCAAUGUCCCAUGGCACAGCUACAUGGUGUCCCCAAAGUCCCCAUAAUGGUGUCCCCAGUGUCACAGUGCACAGCUACACAGUGUCCCCAAUGUCCGCAUGGUGAUGUCCCCAAUAGCUACAUAGUGUCCUAUGUCCCAAUACACAGCUACACAGUA